AUGGGGAUCAAGAACGGGGCGAGUUAUGUUGCCGUUGGAAAGGGAAAGUUUAAACCUGCUGCAUACGGUCAACAAAGUCAACCAUCCGUCAAGAACAGCACGAAUGAACGUAAAGUCAAUGCAUCUGCUGUUCCAACAAUGAAACCUCCAAUGGAAGUGGACCUGCAGCAGUGCUCUGUGGUUUGUGACUUUCACUCGGACACAAAUUGUGACCUCGAGAAGAAAGAACAGAAGCAGAUGGCACUGAAACGAGUGUUGUACUACUUCAAGAACGAAACAAACACCAUCACUGAGCCCAUGUAUCCAGAGAUGGUGAACAUGUGUGAAGCGAUCAUCUUCAGGACGUUGCCUCCGUUGUCCAGUCUAAAUGAAGCAGACGAUAAUGAGUACACACUUGACGUUCCAUUGCCACUCCCCCAGCUGGCCCUUCAGUGCUUAUCUAAGUUUUUAACCCAUCCUACGUUUGACCCAAAGAUUGGAGAGAAGUACAUUGACAAGAAAUUUGUCAUGCAGCUUCUUCAACUUUUUGAGAGUACAGAUCCCAUGGAGAGAAAAAUUCUCAAAGUAGUGCUCUACGGGAUCAUUGAAACAUUUGCUGGAUUGAGAAAGUUCAUCUUCAAAGAGAUCAGUCACAUUUUCUGCAGGUUUAUUUAUGAGACGGGUCACCACAGUGGUAUUGCUGAACUCCUGGACUUAAUUAGAAGUUUAAUCAAAGAUCUUGAGGAGCCACUACGUCAAGACGACAGGAAUUUCCUCUUGAAAGUUUUGAUGCCUCUGCACACAGCGGAGUCACUUGGUGACUAUCAUCCAGAGUUGGUCAGAUGUGUUGCCCGGUUUUUGGAGAAGGAUGAGAUGGUAACUGAACCGGUUGUGAUGGCCCUCCUGAAAUACUGGCCAAAGAGCAACAUUAAAAAAGAACUGAUGUUCUUGGAUGCGCUGGAAGACAUUUUGCCUAUCAUCGAUCAAUCUGUCUUCAUCAAAGUACAAACACCUGUCUUUAAACGUUUGGCCAAGUGUGCAUCCAGCCUGAGCCAGAAGGUGGCUGAACGAACCCUUUUGUUUUUCGACAAUGAAGAUGUCAUGAUUUUGAUCAGCGACAACGCAAGAACCAUCAUUCCAAUUUUGUUGCCUGUACUAAAGAACAGUGCACAGACGCACUGGAAAGAGUAA